CCUACUAUCAAUCCACCGAACAAGCUGUACUUUCUGAAUAAUCAUGCUAAGAUGUUUCUGGAUUUCUGAUACCUGAGGAGUAGGAAGUUUCAACACAACUACACGACAGUUUUUUCCUAGGUUAGACUUUGUGUUUCCAAGAAUGGCAACAUUUUUCGGUGAGGUCUUGUCAGUAUACUCGCGGGCAGUAGAGGAGGAAGACCGGGAGGAUGAAGAUGAAAACGAAGAAGAUGUUGAAAUCCGACGAGAAUUAGAGGAGAAGAGGACCGUCCAUCUGAAAUGGUGCCCUGAGGUCUCCCAAGAGAAACUCCUCUGCUCUCAUCUCAUCAUAGCUGCGGGCACCAACGCUGCUGGCUUUGUGUCAACAUUUAUUUUAAACCCAGCAAGAUGGCACCCGGUGGGCUGGAUGGCGCUCUGGAAUGAGAGAAACAAGGGCUCAGGUGUCCUGAACAGUCCUCCUGCUCCAGGAGAGCCAGGCUGCGUCAUCUACCAGCAGAAGGAAGGAGGCGCUGUACUCAUUUGUCAGUGCACAUGCUAUGUUGCAGAAGAUCAGCUGUUUCAAUGGACUGAAAAGUUGUUUGCAGGCCUUCAGAAGAGAGGCCUCACUGUUACGGUGUUGUCAGAUGCACCCAUUGCGGAGUACAAAACAGCGGACUACCUCCAUGGGAGGGACAUCCCAUUCCUCUGUGCUCUGAAGACCAGUGCCUAUAAAGAAGUGGUGAACAGUCCCUUUCUGGACCAACCCAAUAUUGUCACUGGACUACCUGCAGCAGUGCUGUGCCAUUGUGAAGUCCAUGGGAUCCCAGCUGUACUGUACCAGAACUACAGUGAUGUGAUCAGCGCAGACUCCGUCACAAUGGAAGCCUACAAACCUGCCCUUACUUCGACCAAGAGUGUGAAGUUGGAGCCUCCAAGCACAGCCAUCCUUCAGAAGUUUACAAGGGGCUUCGAUGUCCACGAUAACCUGUAUACAUGAACCAACCACUUUUGGGGACGGGACUGUAUGCCUCUUGCAGAGCUUCACUAUAUUUUGAUAUUUUGUAAAUGCUAAUAAAACAGUAAUAUUCAA